CGGGAAAGGGAGACAUGACCGAGCCCUGUGAUGACCCGAUAGGCGUGUGUCUCCGCGCAUGCACCCAUGUUAACUGGACGACCAUUUGCGCACUCGGUUUUAGCAGCAACUGGGCGUGCUGCGACCUCAACGUCCUCAACGCGGUGCUGCCCACGACCCUCUGGGCCAUCUUCCUCGGUCUUAGCGUCUGGUUCGGCUGGUUCACGGGCAUCGUAAGCGAGCUGCGCACCAGCGUCGACGACCUUCACGAUAUCAACACACAAGCACUCGGUGUGGUCGUGGCGCGUCAAACACACAGUGUUCUUGGCCGCGAGAUUGGCGACCCGCGCCGGGUGCUCAUGCUGCUUGCAAUGGGCUCGGAGCUCGUCGGUUUUAGCUACCUUCCCGUUCAGCUUCUCUUGUACGAGUAUACCAACGGCACGUUCGCGGCCCAGUCGUCGGCGGGUUUUCAGUGGCUGAAAUUUUGCCUCUUUACGCUGCUGCUGUGGCUCUUGCUCUUGCCGCGGCGCGUCACGAGACGCAUCGACGGCCUCUUGACAAAAGUGGUCGCGCCGCUUCUUUUUGACACGUGCAGCCUCUUCUACAUGUAUACGAUCGUCGACAUUGGUGCGUGCUCCAACGGUAUGGACACGUGGACACUGCCCGACGGCACGACGUGCGGCAGCGAAAGUCGGUAUGGCGUGUUUGCCGCGCUCGGCACGGCCUCGUUUGUGCUCUUUUACUGGCACUCGCUCCAGUACAAGCUGCGCCUCAACGACCAAGUAUUCGCGGUUCGAUUUCGAUACCAGACGUCGUUUGGGUCCCUCAUGGCGUACACGCGGACAGCGUGCUGCCUCGGCUUCUUCACGGUCCAGCGCCUCCUCCUGUACUUUGACAAGAUCCACGUCUUCCUCGCAUUUAGCAUCUUCAACAUGGUUCUCUUCUCGCUCCUCUUGCACUACAACUACGUCAACCAGCCCUGCCUCGGCGUCGGGCUCCUCCCAAACAACUUGCGGUCGCUCUCGUUUGCCACCUCUGUCUACACCUCGACGAUCCUCUUUGGGAUUUCGUGCGCGCUUCACGCUAGCGGCUCGGAAAGCAUGUCCCUUGUCGAGCAACGCAUUUUACAGGCCGCCGCCGUAGCCUACUUUCCGCUUGCCGCAGCCACGUGGGCCAUCAACUCGCGGCGUGCCCGCUUGUACCACGUUCCCAACUUGAGCUUGAAGGCAUCGCUGGUUCACUCGACGCCCCGCGUCCGUGCGAUUGCUGCUGUGAGCAUCGCGCUCGAAGAUCAGUCGCGCUGGUCGACCAGCGACAUUCUCGACCUGUUGACGCUUUUGGACGACAACUUGAAGACUUCACCGGCCUUCGAACAAGGUCUCGUGCUCGCGUACACGUGUCAAGCGCUGUGGAAUCUCUACUUCAAAUACGUUUCGGUCCACACGCCGCUGAACGAGCCAGGCGCGGACUCGAUGCUGUCCCUUGGUCUCUGGUCCAACCAACGCAUGUCCACCGUAAACAAUGCCUUUGGGCCCACGGGCUUUCACAACCGCAGCCGGCCACAUGGCUCAGCGCUCCUCGCACUUGUCCAGCGAAAUGUCACCGUCGGUGCGCACACAACAACACAACAUAUGGACGAGCUCUCGUCGUCGCCGCUCAUUGCAUCGAUUCUUUCCAACUGCAUCCAUACGCUGAAGGUUCUCAGCCGUAUUUCGGCAUCCCCCGCGCGUCUCAUCGCUGCCAAAGUGCUGCAGGAGAUGUACGUAGCACGCGUCCUUCGACUGUCGCAGCCGACGAUGCUCUACGUCUGCUGCUCGAUCUGCGCGAGCGCGAGCCCGAGUCAGUCGAGCGCCGCCGCCGCGACCCUCCGCCACCUUUUUGUCUCGCAUUUCGAGUGCUCGGAGUCAAUGACGGUGCAUUUCACCGACUAUUGGAACCUUCUCCACUUGUCCCAGUACCUCUUGCGCGCGAGCCGCGAGCCAAGCGACGUGUCACGGGCCGAAGGUGUCGCCGAUGUUGUCUUGAGCAUCGUUCAAAUGAUCGAAAGCAAUGCCGCCACCAGCAACCCCGCAAAUGCGCUCUCGGAAGCCUUUGUGGCCAACAUCCUCGCCGCCCAAGCACAGAUCGCGACGUCGUACAAGCUGCUGACGCUGCUCGAUGACAUUUGCCUCUCAACGCACUGGGCCUUUCAGAUGUACCUGGACGAGCUGCAUCGCGCCUCGCGCGACGUGACCAUGCGCAAGACCCAGCGCAUCGGUGCGCUCUACCGCACGCGUCUCUUCUCCCAUGGGAAAUCGACGGCGGCCAUCGUGCCCAGUCGUCCUCCGACGCGCCAUGCGGAGCUCUCAGUGCAAAAGGUCACGUCCUUCUUGUUGCAAUCCAAACAAGCCAACUUGGUUGGGCCCGACAUCGUCGCUGCCAUCAAGAAACGGAAGACGGAGGAAGCCAUGCUGCUCGUGCAGGUGACCAUGGUCAUGAACGAAGGCUGCCGCGACCACCUGAGCCUGCAAGAGCUGGGCCCCGGUACAGUUACCGUUCUCAAGACGCUUCUCUACACUCUGAGAGACCAGCCCAUGCUUCGGGCACAUAUCAAGAGCCGGCUCAAGCCAGCUGAGGCGAACUACUUGAAGCACCUCGAGCUUCUCUUGGCACCGAAACACAGCUCCGGACUGCGUAUCGCCAUCCUAGCGACGGGAAAAAUCGUACCCUCCAAGGUUGCGCGCUAA